UGACCGACCCAAACCUCAACCAGCAACAGCAACAUCUCCUCAAAGUCAUUCCACAUUCUCUCUCUCCUAUUACGCGCUUCUACUUUUCGCCGUUUCGGUGUUGCUGACCCAACCCAAGCCAACCCAACUUGCUUCCCCCCUUUUCCUUUCUCUCUUUCUCGCUCUCUCUCUCAUAUACACAAAGCCUUUCAAUGCGUGCGUGAGAGAAGGAAGAGAGAGAGAUUUUAUCGGGAACCUUCUACGACCGUUUUUUCUCUGAAGUAGCCAAGCCAACAUAGUGGUCCCAUAAACGCCACACGAUGAAGCGAAGGUUCGAAACGCUGUCGUCUCUGACCCGAAAGAGAUCCAUUCAGUUCCUGGCCGGAGCCUCCUUCCUCUACCUCCUCCUGGUAACCUUUGAAGUCCCCUUCGUCUUCACCUCCCUCACGCGCCAAGACUUCUCCACCGCCACCACGCGCUCCAGUUCCACCACCACCAGACUCCUCAGCCAACAAGACCUCCAACACCACCAAGCUCCAAACCGCCCCUUCAAAACCGUCUCACACAACAACCUCUCUCCGAGUCAAACUCACUCCCAACCGGGUUUCCUCUCAGGCCUCACCCUCGACCCGAAUACAUUUGAAUCGACCCGCAAGGACGGCUCCGCCGACCUCUACAAGCUAGCCGACAAUGCCCGGGAAGUGGGCCUGCGCCUCUGGACCGAGCUUCAGAACCCGGACGUUCCAAAGCCCAAGCCCGCCAAGCCGGAAAACCGGUCCGGCACGUGUCCCAGCUCGGUUUCUGUGUCCGGUUCGGAAUUCUCAGGCGUGGUGUCGCUGCCGUGCGGGCUGACGUUGGGAUCGCACGUGACGGUUGUCGGGAGGGCGAAGGCGGCGAGGCCGGAGUUCGAGUCGACGAUAUCGAGGGUGAGGGAGGACGACGAACCGACGCUGGUGUCGCAGUUCGUGGUGGAGCUGCAGGGACUGAAAACCGUUGAAGGUGAGGAGCCUCCGAGAAUCUUCCACUUCAAUCCUAGGUUGAAGGGAGAUUGGAGCGGGAGGCCUGUGAUCGAGAUGAACACUUGUUACCGAAUGCAGUGGGGCGCUUCUCUUAGGUGUGACGGUUGCAAAUCCAAGGCUGAUGAUGAUACUGUUGAUAGGCUGGUGAAGUGUGAGAAGUGGAUUCGGGAUGACGAAGGUCGCACAGAGGAGUCUAAGGCAACAUGGUGGUUGAAUAGACUCAUUGGCCGCACAAAGAAAGUAACAGUUGACUGGCCGUUCCCAUUCUCUGAGGACAAGCUGUUUGUUCUUACCCUUAAUGCUGGAUUGGAGGGUUAUCAUGUUACUGUCGAUGGGAGGCAUGUGGCCUCUUUUCCCUAUCGCACUGGAUUCACUCUUGAGGAUGCCACUGGGCUUGCAUUGGGAGGAGACAUUGAUGUCCACUCUGUAUUUGCUGCUUCUUUGCCCUCAACGCAUCCUAGUUUUGCGACACAGAGGCAACUUGAAUUUUCAACCAGGUGGCGAGCCCCACCACUUCCAGACUCUGGAGUGGAACUGUUUAUUGGUGUACUCUCAGCUGGAAACCAUUUUGCUGAGCGAAUGGCUACAAGGAGGUCAUGGAUGCAGCAUACGCUUAUCAAAUCAUCGAAAGUGGUUGCUCGUUUCUUUGUCGCACUGAAUCCAAGAAAAGAAAUCAAUAGAGAGUUGAAGAAAGAAGCAGAAUUUUUCGGUGACAUUGUUAUAGUGCCUUACCUGGAUAACUAUGACCUUGUCGUCUUGAAAACAGUAGCCAUAUGUGAAUACGGGGUUCACACAGUUUCAGCUAAGUAUGUCAUGAAGGGUGAUGAUGACACGUUUGUAAGAGUGGAUUCUGUUAUCGACCAAGCGAGGAAGUUUUCAGAUGAAUCAAGCUUUUAUAUUGGAAACAUAAAUUACUACCACAAGCCAUUACGCCAUGGUAAAUGGGCAGUGGCAUAUGAGGAAUGGCCAGAAGAGGAUUAUCCACCCUAUGCUAAUGGGCCAGGUUAUAUUUUGUCUUCUGACAUCGCUCAGUACAUUGUUUCUGAGUUUGAGGCGCAUAAAUUAAGGUUGUUUAAGAUGGAAGACGUGAGUAUGGGGAUGUGGGUAGAGCAAUUUAACAAGACAAAACGAGUGGAAUACUCGCAUAGCUUAAAGUUCUGCCAAUUCGGCUGCAUAGAAGACUAUUACACGGCUCAUUACCAAUCGCCAAGGCAAAUGAUGUGCUUGUGGGAUAAAUUGCAAAGAGAGGGAAAGCCUCAAUGUUGCAAUAUGCGAUGACACAAAAAGGUACUAAGUUGCUACACACUUUGGAUUUGGAUUCAGGAGGAGAGGGACAGAGGAAAACAAGUUUUGCAGUGAAGUCCUAGCAUCAAAUAUUGUAUAUAACUGUGGAGCUUGGUAUUAGAUGAAUGGCGAUCUGUGUAAAUUGGCGUUUUUGAAUAUCUAUUUUUUAUUUAUUAUUUAUUGGUUAUUUUAAUCA